CCCGGCGACCAAGGAGAUCUGUGCGUACGGAGGAGAAGAAGGCUGAGAAAUCACGCGACUUUUUCGAAGCUUAUCUCAUCUUAUCUCAUAAAGUAUUUGACUUUACUGUCUCGUGAUACGUAGGAUUUUGACAGUAGCUGGUUGUGUGGGGGGGGGAUUAGGAUGGAUCUUGAAACUGAGAAUCGAAUAGCUUCGGUUCUGUUAAGAGAAGCAGCAGAGUUGAGGAGACAAGCUGAAAAAGAUGGUGUUCGAGCUUAUCUUGACAAGCCUAAUGUUAGGCAUCGUCCUAACUCUAGGUUUCUCACUGCGACUGUCCUUGGUGUUCAGCAAUCAAACAGAGCGGUAGAGACCAAUGAGAUGUGGAAGGCUCGGGAGAAAGAGAUUGAAUUAGAAAACGAGAGACUCAAAAGAAAAUCAAGAGAGGAAAGUAGAAGCAGUAGCCAAAUGAAGCGGAGUGGUAGUUUCUCGAAAAGGAGUUUGGAUAAGAGAUGUAGUUCCAGUGAUGAUAAAAAGGUUACUCAUCCAUCAUCAUCAUCGGAUAAAAGAUUGUACUUGGACGAUGAUGAUGAAGGCUUUGGAGAUGAUGAGAUUGAGUCUUUCCUCCAGUCACGGAACAAACGUGGAAGAGGCUCUAUCGGUCCUAGGAUGGAUGAAACUGGCCCUUAUCUUCCUGCCGAGAAGGUAGAUGAGUUGCGAAAUUCUGAAACAAUGGAACGGAAGGUAGUCUUGGGACCAGAGAGGCCAUCUUCACUGAGACAACAUUCAGAUGACAAAGAGAAAGAGCGUGUUCGGAGAAUGAAAAAGGACUCUACGAAGAAACGUAGUAAAAAAGACAAGAAAACAGAGAAGAAGAGAAAACGGGACAAACACUAGAUGUUGUUGACAGUUCUUGCUACAACUUUAGUUCCGAACACUUUGUAGAUUAUAUACAGUUUGUAUGUGUAGAUUAUAUACAGUUUGCAACUCCAUCUUCUCAACCUCGCUGUGAACUACUUGCCAACAACAGUAGCCGUAGCUUGACUUACGAAGAGCCCAUUUUGUAAAGCCAACACUUUAUCUGCCAAUACAGAGUGUUGAUCAUUUAUCUUCAAUGACAUUAACAAAGUCAACGUGUCUUUAUUAUGCGCUCAUGCUCUGUAAAGAUAUUUGAUAAUCCAACGCACUAGUUGAGCAAAAGAAAGGAUCAACAGUAGAAAUCAAAAUCGCUUCAUGAAGCAAAACAUGUCUAUAUCGAAAGUUUAAUACACCAAAUAAGAUUGUUUGUUUAAAUCACUCAUUCAUCGGCCAUUGGUACUUUUGCAUCGAUUUGAAUUUCGUCUCCUUCAUCAAUGGCUGUAGCUUUGUUCUCGGCAUAAUCUACUUUGAAAUCAUAAUCUCCAUCCUCACCACCUGAUGCUUUCUUUGCCUUCUUCCUCAUAUUCUUCUUCUCUGCUUUCUGCUUCUUUGUAUUCAACAUGCUUUCAGCUGCGUAUAGUUCCUUGUUCUGUUUGCUCGUCUCU